AUCAUGUUGGCGAUCAUCGUGAGCGGUGUGGCGUUGCUGCUGUCGAUCGCUAUUUGGUGGACGGUGGCCAAUUUUGGCAGUGCGCUACGGUACGCCGGCAAACUCGGUGGACCCGUGGCAUACCCGCUGGUCGGCAAUGGACUACUGUUUAUCUACAAAACUCCCGCCGAGUUCCUUCAACUGCUCGGGAGGCUGAUCGCACAGUAUGGCAAAUGUUUGCGUGUUUGGCUUGGAACACAGCUGAUCGUGCUCGUUACCGAUCCGAAGGACAUUGAGGUCCUGCUCAGCAGCCCAAAGUACAUAGAAAAAUCCAGCGAGUAUGACUUUAUCCGCCCAUGGUUAGGUGAAGGGCUGUUGAUAAGCCGUGGUCGCAAGUGGCAAACGCGACGGAAAAUCAUUACCCCAACGUUUCACUUCAAAAUUCUGGAACAGUUUGUAGAAAUCUUCGACCAGCAGGGUAAUACGUUCGUGGACAUACUGCGUCUGUUUGCGAAAUCGGGCGAAACGUUCGAUGUGUUCCCGCUGGUGACACUGUGCGCACUGGACGUUAUAUGCGAGUCGGCAAUGGGAACAAAGGUGAAUGCGCAGAUGAACUCAGAGUCUCAAUACGUGAAGGCGGUUAAAGAAAUCACCAACUUAAUACAGCUCCGUAUCUAUGACUUCGUAAUAAGGUAUGAGUUCUUUUUCCGCUUUUCUGCCAACCGGCGAAGGCAACGCAAAGCGCUAGCCAUCCUUCACGGGUACACGGAUAGCGUGAUACAGGCAAGACGUAAGGAACUGAGCGAAAGUAAGCCAACCGAUCAAGCAAACGAUGCCCAGGGGGAUACCGUAGGGUUGAAGAAGCGUAUGGCAUUCCUGGACAUGCUGCUGCAGGCGACGAUCGAUGGCCGUCCGCUGACGGAUCUUGAGAUACGCGAGGAGGUGGACACGUUCAUGUUCGAGGGACACGACACGACGACAUCGGCCAUCAGCUUCAUAUUGCUGAGUUUAGCGAAAAAUCCCGACGUACAGGAGAAAGCGUUCAACGAGGUGCGCAAUAUUGUGGGCGAUGAUCGCAAACAACCCGUUACCAUGACGAUGCUGAACGAUAUGCACUACUUGGAUCUGGUGAUCAAGGAAACGCUUCGACUGUACCCAUCGGUACCGAUGUUUGGAAGAAAGAUGUUGCAAAAUACCGAAAUCAAUGGUAAAAUAUUCCCAGCUGGUAGUAAUGUGGUGAUGUUCCCAUUCUUCCUGGGACGCGAUCCCGAUUACUUCCCCAAUCCGGAGAAGUUUGACCCGGAGCGGUUCAAUGUGGAAACCUCGGCGGAAAAGACGAACCCCUAUCAGUACGUGCCGUUCAGUGCCGGGCCACGGAAUUGCAUUGGACAGAAGUUUGCCGUAGCGGAACUGAAGAGCCUUACCAGCAAAGUGUUGCGGAACUACGAGAUUCUUCCAUCGGUAGAACCGCACGAGGAGACGUUCAUAGCGGAGCUUAUUCUCCGCCCAGAACAUGGAGUGCCGAUACGGGUUAAGCCACGUGUUUACUGA